GUAGGAAAAUUUUUCUCGAUAAGGUCUGGCAACUGGCAGUAUUGUUUGUUCAUGUUUGUUCAGGAUUCAGGACUUUUUGUGAAAAAUUCCACUUGUUUCCAGAAUUAAGUGCUUCAGUUCAGAUUCAGAUUUAAAAAAUUCUAAAGCCAAAAAAGAGGAGUACAAAGAAUUGGAGAUACGAUAAUGAUAUUCUGCACGUGCAAAAUUUAAGAAGUUGAGUUGAACCGGCAUCUUUUUGGCCUUAUCUGCUUCAAAAUGGAGCCGAACGUAGAGAAUUUCAUGAAGAAUUUUUCUCAGUCGGCAGUCGCACCAGAGAAGCCUAAUGCUGCAAGUAACUCUGCCACUACAAUGAAUCCGACGCCAGUUCCAGGAAUUAGUUCUCCUUUUGAUAUGGCAAGAUUAGCUGCAGCUGGAGGGGACGCACCGAUUGCAAGUGCUUCGAAUAAGAUGAACGUGAAUAAUGCUAAUAGUACACCAAGUUCAAUCGUCGACGAUCUUUUGGAUUUGCGUUUCGAUGAUUUAUCAACUUCCAAAUUACCCGAGGCUCUUCCAUCGAACGAAGUUUCGAUGAAGGCAAUACAAAAUCUAGCUGUUGGUACUCCUGUGCCACUUUCUCAACUCUUCGCUCAAGAGUCAUCAAAAGUAACGACAAGUGUUCCAUCCGAUUCUGUGAAUGCUUCCAAUGGAAUUUCGACUGCGUCCAAUGGUACCGCUAAAGUCAUCAAGGACAACAUGAAAAUGGCAAGUGCUACUCCUAGAGAAUCUGCUAGAAUCCACGAUGUGCAGCCUCCUAGACCAAUGGCAUGUGCUUCGAACGCUCCUAAUCUCAAAGAUGCUCUUAAGGAUAUCCUCAAUGUUCACAGAGACAUCGAAGCCCAGAAUAAAGCAUGUGAAUUGCCAGUUCAGAAAACUCCUGCUCAAAGCUUACCGAAUAAACAGCAAAAUGGAGACGUUAUUCAAAGCAAAGGUGCAGAGCCAAAAAAAUUAUCUGCUAAAAGCACCCCCGAGAAAAAACAACCAAAUGCAUCUGGUAUUCAGAACAGAAGCACAGCUGAAAAAUCAAUCUCUUCCAAGUCUUUGCCAGAAAGCAAAGCUGAAAAACAAACUCCUACCAACUCUUUGCCAAAAAGUGCUAUGUCCAAUGAGUUCGACUUGGAUCGAAAAUUAAAAUGUGAACUUGAGGAGAAAAAGUUCUCUGCUCAAUAUCAAGAGUUCCAGAAAAUUAGGCAAGAAUUGCCAAUUUAUCAGAAGAAAGAUUCAAUUAUUGAUGUCAUUGAGAAGAAUCAAUUCAUCGUGAUUAGUGGACCAACUGGUAAGAGGCUUUAUUGAUGAAAAAAACUUGGUCUUGUGACGUAUCUUUGAUAAUGUGAAAUAAUAGGAUCUGAAAAAUCAUUUGUUGUAGCCUGUUUCAAAACAGUUUAUGAAUUUGAGUAUUCAGACGUAACAAGUAACUUGAAUAUAAACACUUUCAUAUAAAUUAAUAAAAA